CCCGCUAAAAACUCCGUUGGCUGGGACACACGCGCUAGCCCGACACUGUCAAAUUCCAUUCAUCAGGCUGAUAAAACAACGUAUCCUGAGUUUACACUAGUCACCGGAGUCAUGAGAAGUUGCGUCCGAGGCCGAUGGAUUUCGUUUCUGUUAAUGUUAAUUUUUCUUAUGGAGACCGCAUUGACCCUCUUUGAGAAAAGUUCUCGCAACGCCACGAACAGUUCAGACACAGAGGAACCAGCCGGUGUCAACAAUCAUACCAAGAGAUCCUUCCCAGUUCUCCGCUUCAACUAUGAACAUGUGCGAAUACCGUUCGAGAUCUCGCUCUGGAUUCUGCUGGCAUCUUUGAUGAAACUGGGGUUCCACCUGCUCCCUGGGCUGUCCAGUGUGGUCCCAGAGUCCUGCCUGCUGAUCGUGGUGGGGCUCCUGGUGGGGGGUCUCAUCAAGGCCAGCGGGGAGGAACUGCCCGUGCUAGACUCCGAGCUCUUCUUCCUGUGCCUGCUGCCGCCAAUCAUCCUGGACGCCGGCUACUUCCUGCCCAUCCGCCCGUUCGCCGAGAACAUCGGCACCAUCCUGACCUUCGCCGUGGCGGGGACCCUCUGGAACGUGCUGUUCCUGGGGGGCACGCUGUACGCGGUGGCCCAGCUGGAGGCCUCUCGCCUGGGGGGCGUGGACCUGCUGGCCUGCAUGAUCUUCAGCGCCAUCGUCUCCGCCGUCGACCCCGUGGCCGUGCUGGCCGUCUUCGAGGAGAUCAACAUCAACGAGCUGCUGCACGUGCUGGUGUUCGGGGAGUCGCUGCUCAACGACGCCGUCACUGUGGUGCUGUACCACCUGUUUGAGGAGUAUGUGGGUGUGACCUCAUUCAGCGCGCUGGACGUGGUCCUGGCCGUGCUCUGCUUCCUCGUGGUUUCGCUGGGCGGGGUCCUCGUUGGAGCCACCUACGGCAUCCUGGCGGCUCUGACCUCCCGCUUCACCACCAACCUCCGCGUCAUUGAGCCGCUUCUCGUCUUCGUCUACAGCUACAUGGCGUACCUGUCUGCCGAGGUCUUCCACCUGUCCGGCAUCAUGAGCCUCAUCGCCUGCGGCGUGGUCAUGCGCCCAUACGUGGAGGCCAACAUGUCCCACAAGUCCUACACCACAAUCAAGUACUUCCUGAAGAUGUGGAGCAGCGUGAGCGAGACGCUCAUCUUCAUCUUCCUCGGAGUCUCCACCGUCGCUGGACCCCACGACUGGAACUGGACCUUCGUCACGGUCUCUGUCAUCCUGAGCCUCGUCUCCCGUGUGCUGGGAGUGGUUGGUCUGACUUACAUCAUCAAUAAGUUUCGCAUCGUCAAGCUCACCCCAACGGAUCAAUUCAUUUUGGCCUACGGUGGCCUGAGAGGGGCAAUCGCCUUCUCACUGGGUUUCCUGCUGAAACCACAGCACUUUCCCAUGAGGAAUAUGUUCCUCACCUCCAUCAUCACCAUCGUCUUCUUCACCGUAUUCGUGCAGGGCAUGACAAUCCAGCCGCUGGUGGAGCUACUGGCCGUGAAGAGGAAGCGAGAAGGAAAAGGGUCCAUCAAUGAAGAGAUCCACACAAUGUUCAUGGACCAUCUCCUGGCUGGUAUUGACAGCGUCUGUGGACAUUAUGGGCAUCAUCUUUGGAAAGACAAACUGAGCCGCUUUAACAGGCGCUACAUACAGCCCUGUCUGGUAGCGGAGGAAGGCUCCAGGGAGCCGCAGCUCCUGGCCUUCUACAACAAGAUGGAGAUGAAGCAGGCUAUCGAGCUGGUGCAGAGUGGGGGCGAGGCCAGGCCCCUUAGAACUGUGGACUCCUCCGCAUCCAUUCAGAGCAUCCAGUCCCAGGAGCCAGCAAGGGACCGGAGACUGCCCAAGGUCUCCGUGGAUCAGCAAGCCGAGAUCUUGAAAAUUCUGAGGAGGAAACUGCAGAAGGCCGAACAGAAGUUUUAUUCCAAUAGAAGGCCCACGCUGGUGGGCAACCCCUUCGAGGACGACUUCCAGGAGCAGCUCCGUGAGAGGCGGAGGGCAAAGCUGGGCAGGCGGAUGAGUGCCUUCCUGUUGGAAUUGCCGAGUCAGCAGGACUCUCCCUCCAGAACCAGAAGCAGACAACAGGAAGCCCCCCAGGCCAACAGGUCCAGACCCAUGAGCUCGGCCGUCCGGGAAGACCUGGUGAUUCCUUAGCCCCAUGGUCUUCCUUCAGUCCGGUCUCCCCUAAGUCUCCCCCCCAUCUAGGAGACGCAAAGGACAAAAGACCACAUAAGUCUGCGGACAAACACAGUGUGUUGUGUCCGAAAAGUAUAUGACGUGGGAAGUCAGUCACCUGCUGGGCUUCAGGUAGCAGAACGGAGGAGCUGCCCAAGUACCUUCAAGACUCAGAUGUUCCAUAAAAUCAUGUCAAGAAAAUGGCGAGCAUCGUUCAGCUGAAUGGCCUGUUCUUGUUGUUAUGUUAUGUUAUGAUGAAAAAUGUAAAGAAAAAGUUCUUUCAAAAUAUCAUGUUUUUAUUUAAACAUAUUGAGUGUUAAACAUUUUUUUUGUGUUAAGCAUGUGCAGUUUUUUGUAUGUUUUUAAUCAAACCUACGUCUUAUGUUAAAUGUAAUUUGGUGUUCUGUAUGAAUUUUUCCUUAAAGAAAAUACCAGGCA